AUGGAUGAAGAAAUCAAGAGCCGCUUUCCAUCCCGCAUGACGCGUCAAACAAAAAUGACGAUACAUUGCGGUAAAGUUUUAAAGGCUAAAUGGCAAACCGUUGUCUUCACCAAACCCAAAGAAGAUAAUGAAGAAAGUGUUGCAUCAUCCUGCUACAUCACUCAAGGGGGAGAAGAGACAAUGAUUGAAGAAGAUGCAGGAAAUGCACCCCCCGCGCUUGAAGAAGAUGCAGGAAAUGCACCCCCCGCGCUUGAAGAAGGGAUCAAAGCUGCAGUGGACGAGUUAGAAGAAGUCAACUUGGGAAAUGAAGAUCACCCAAGACCUGUCUAUGUCAACAAAGAGCUGGGUGAGGAUGAUAUGAAUGCCUGCAUCCGACUUCUCAAUGAAUUCCAAGAUGUCUUCGCUUGGUCAUAUAAAGAAAUGCCCGGCUUAGACCCGAAAGUUGUGGUCCACCAUCUAGUCAACAAACUCAUUGAAGUGGGGUUCAUCCGGGAAGUCAAAUACCCCCAAUGGAUUUCCAACAUCGUGCCUGUAAAGAAAAAAAAUGGACAAAUCCGAGUUUGUGUGGAUUUCCGAGACUUAAACGAAGCAUGCCCAAAAGAUGAUUUUCCUUUACCCAUAACUGAAUUGAUGAUUGAUGCAACGACAGGACAUGAAGCGCUUUCUUUUAUGGAUGGAUCAUCUGGAUAUAACCAAAUUCGUAUGGCACCUGAAGACGAAGAGUUAACCGCCUUUCGUACACCGAAAGGUAUCUACUGUUACAAAGUUAUGCCUUUCGGAUUGAAAAAUGCUGGGGCAACCUACCAAAAAGCAAUGCAAAAGAUCUUUGAUGACAUGCUACACAAAAAUGUAGAGUGCUAUGUUGACGACUUGGUUGUCAAAUCCAAGAGAAAAGAAGAUCACCUGCAAGACUUAAGAAAGGUUUUAGAAAGGUUGAGGCGCUACCAAUUAAAAAUGAAUCCUCUCAAGUGCGCUUUUGGAGUCACCUCCGGAAAAUUCCUCGGAUUCAUUGUCCAUAGUCGUGGAAUUGAGAUUGAACAGGCAAAGAUAGAGGCCAUCAAAAAAAUGCCUGAGCCUCGUAACAUCCACGAGCUAAAAAGCUUACAAGGAAAAUUAGCAUAUAUAAGAAGAUUUAUCUCUAACCUCGCUGGACGAUGUCAACCUUUCAGCCGAAUCAUGAAGAAGGGAGUGCCUUUCCAUUGGGAUGAAGCAUGCAAGAAGGCAUUCCAAAGUAUCAAAGACUACUUGACAAAGCCACCAGUGCUGACAGCCCCAAUUCCUGGACAUCCGUUGACGCUUUACAUCGCUGCACAAGAGCGUUCAGUUGGAGUCUUGUUAGCACAGGAAGCCAAUAAAGGGAAAGAAAGUGCCCUAUACUACCUCAGUAGAAUGAUGACACCAAAUGAACUAAAUUAUUCACCGGUGGAAAAGAUAUGCUUGGCGCUCAUCUUCGCCAUAAAAAAAUUGAAGCAUUACUUCCAAGCGCACACUAUCCAGUUGGUGUCCAAAGCAAAUCCCUUGAAAUAUGUCAUGUCAAAGCCUGUCCUUUCUGAUCGACUCGCGAGGUGGUACCUGCAGCUGCAGCAAUUCGAAAUCAUAUAUGUACCACAGAAAGCUGUAAAAGGACAAAUAUUGGCUGACUUCCUUGCUGAUCAUCUCAUCCCCGCUGAGUGGGAGUUGUCUGACGACUUCCCUGAUGAAGACGCGCUUUUUCUCGAAAUCACCCCACCAUGGAAAAUGUACUUUGAUGGCUCAUCACACAAAAAUGGAGCUGGAGCCGGAGUAAUAUUUGUCACAUCACAAGGAGAAGUCCUUCCAUACUCUUUUGCCUUAAAAGAAAAGUGUUCAAAUAAUGUGGCUAAGUAUCAAGCACUCAUCCUCGGCCUAAAAAUGGCGGUAGACAUCAAGCAACGCCAACUUCAAGUAUACGGGGAUUCCAAGCUGGUUGUAAAUCAAAUCACUCGUGAGUUUGAAGUGAAGAAACCAGAACUAAUGCCUUACUUAAAGUAUGCUAAGGUACUCAUUGAGUUGCUCGGGGAUGUCUCUAUUGAAUAUGUCCCAAGGAAAGAGAAUAGACAAGCUGACGCUCUGGCUAAAUUGGCAUCGACUCUAUCCAUCCCGGAUCAACAGGCGUAUAUUCCGAUACGCAAAGUUUGGGUGGAUUCCUGCAAGUAUGAAGAAGAAGAAUGUGUUGAAAAAGAAGUAAAUCACCUCAUCGAGGUACGAGCAGAUAUCCGAAGAAGAGCUGCACGCUACGCCUACUUCAACGGCAUACUCUAUCGUCGGUCUUUCGACAACAUGUUCCUUCGAUGCCUCGGCAAUCAUCAAGCCAAACAAGCUAUGGAGGAAACUCAUGCCGGAAUCUGUGGAGCUCAUCAAGCUGGCCCAAAGUUACACUUCCGAAUAAAGAUGAUGGGAUAUUAUUGGCCAACCAUGGUUAAAGACUGUAUAGAGUUCGCACGGAGCUGCCAACCGUGUCAAUUUCAUGCUAACUUUAUCAAUCAACCACCGGAACCAUUGCACCCAACUAUUGCUUCGUGGCCAUUCGAUACCUGGGGCAUGGACGUUGUUGGACCACUCACAAAGUCGUCCGCUGGACAUCUCUAUAUCUUGGCCGCAACAGACUACUUCUCCAAAUGGGCAGAAGCAGUUCCUUUGAAAGAAGUCAAAAAGGAGACGGUAGCUGACUUCAUACGAGUCAACAUCAUUUACCGUUAUGGGGUUCCUCGGUGUAUCAUCACUGAUAAUGGAAGAUCUUUUGCCAAUACUCACAUCGACAAGCUUUGUGAAAAGUUUGGCUUCCAACAAAAGAAGUCCUCGAUGUAUUAUGCACCGGCAAAUGGACUCGCAGAGGCAUUCAAUAAAACACUUUGUAACUUGCUGAAAAAGGUUGUCUCCAAAUCAAAAAGAGAUUGGCAUGACCGCAUUGGUGAAGCUUUGUGGGCCUAUCGUACUACAUUCCGCACUCCAACACAAGCGACACCAUACUCACUUGUAUAUGGGGUCGAAGCUGUCCUCCCAUUGGAAAGACAAAUUCCUUCACUAAGGAUUGCUCUCCAGGAAGAAUUGACGACUGAAGAAAAUGUCAGAUUAAGACUCGAAGAGCUAGAGGCUCUCGACGAGAAAAGACUACAAGCUCAACAAAACUGGAGUGUUAUCAAGCACGAUUGUCUCGAGCUUACAAUAAAAAAGUCAAAUCACGAUCCUUUCAAAUCGGGGACUUGGUUCUUGCUGUGA